AGCUGCGGCUGCGGCUGCGGCUGGGCCGCGCCUCAACCGAGCUUGGUCCUUUCCUUUGGUUCCGCCCCGCUGCUCAGCGCGGAUUGGUGACGGGACGCAAAUCUGGCGCUGAUUGGGCGGCAGCAGAGUCGCUCGUGAAGACUGUAGGGUUCGGGUGCUCUAGAGUGCUAAAUUUAUCUUCAGACCAGCGACCGCGCCAGCCGCGAAUCGGAUCUCUAUGGAGAUGGCCUAGGCGAUAUCCCUGAGCUGAGAGCAUCACCCUGUCCCCGAAUCCUUCUUUCCUCUCUGUUUUGUUUUUCAUUCCCCUCCCUCUCUCCCCUCCCCCUCCAGUCCACGACGACUGGCUGUUGACCCUGUUCAGGCCUCGGUGAAGGCUUUUGGUUACUCCCCUUCCCACCCCAUCCUUUAAUUUUAUUCUUUUGAAGAGUGCAUUUCAAGCUGCCAAGGUGGAGAGAGGGAUUACAGAAAGGAGAACACCUUAUUUCAGGUUUUAUUUUUAUGUGAUAAUCUACCUUUAAGAAAGGUGUACCAUACCUGAGAGCACCAGGAAAUCGCAUGAGAGAUCACCUGAUACAUGAACGUAUGAUGUUCCAUCUGCGCAUUGAUGAAUAGGCAGCAUUUACAAAUUAACUGAUGUGUUGCUGUAUAUCAUCUCUUUGAUGAUUGCUCCUCUUCUUUGUAUCCUGUCUUAUAAUUUCAACACAUUUGCGAUACUCAAUGUCUAUUCUAAAUUAACCAUGUUUUGUACCGCAAACUCAUUGCCCAUGGAUCUGUUGCUGAAACAAGGAAGUCUUAAACAAGAAGUGGAAUCUUUCUGUUAUCAGAUUGUGUCUGAAUCAAAUGAUCAGAAGGUUGGAAUAUUACAAAGUGAAGAUAAACAGUUGCAACCUUCAGUUUCUAAAAAAUCAGAAGGCGAGCUUUCCAGGGUCAAAUUUAUAUCCAAUUCCAACAAAAUAACAUUUAGUAAAAAGCCAAAAAGAAGAAAAUACGAUGAAAGUUAUUUGUCUUUUGGAUUUACUUACUUCGGAAAUAGAGAUGCACCUCAUGCUCAGUGUGUAUUAUGUAAGAAAAUUUUAUCAAAUAGCUCUUUAGCCCCUAGUAAGCUUCGAAGACAUUUGGAAACUAAACAUGCUGCAUAUAAAGACAAAGAUAUAAGCUUUUUCAAGCAACAUCUCGAUUCACCUGAAAAUAAUAAACCCCCAACACCUAAAAUUGUGAAUACAGAUAACGAAAGUGCUACAGAAGCAUCAUACAAUGUAAGUUACCAUAUAGCGCUGAGUGGAGAGGCUCAUACUAUUGGAGAAUUGCUUAUCAAACCUUGUGCAAAAGAUGUAGUGAUGCGGAUGUUUGAUGAACAAUAUAGUAAAAAAAUAGAUGCAGUACAGCUAUCAAACAGUACUGUUGCACGUCGAAUUAAGGAUCUAGCUGCUGACAUUGAAGAAGAGCUUGUUUGUAGACUGAAAAUUUGUGAUGGGUUUUCACUGCAACUAGAUGAAUCAGCUGAUGUUUCAGGACUUGCUGUGCUGCUUGUGUUUGUUCGUUACAGGUUUAAUAAGUCUAUUGAGGAAGACCUACUCCUGUGUGAAUCUUUGCAAAGUAAUGCUACCGGUGAAGAAAUAUUCAACUGUAUCAACAGUUUUAUGCAGAAACAUGAAAUUGAAUGGGAAAAAUGUGUUGAUGUUUGUAGUGAUGCUUCUAGGGCAGUGGAUGGGAAAAUUGCUGAAGCUGUCACCUUAAUAAAAUAUGUGGCUCCCGAAAGCACCAGUAGUCACUGCCUGUUAUAUAGACAUGCACUAGCAGUUAAAAUAAUGCCUACAUCUCUAAAAAAUGUGCUAGACCAGGCGGUACAAAUCAUCAAUUAUAUUAAAGCUCGACCACAUCAAUCCAGACUAUUAAAAAUUUUAUGUGAGGAAAUGGGUGCUCAGCACACAGCACUUCUUCUAAAUACAGAGGUGAGGUGGCUUUCUCGAGGUAAAGUUCUUGUAAGACUUUUUGAACUUCGUCGUGAACUUUUGGUUUUCAUGGAUUCUGCUUUUCGACUAUCUGAUUGUUUAACAAAUUCAUCUUGGCUGCUAAGACUUGCAUAUCUUGCAGAUAUUUUUACUAAAUUAAAUGAAGUUAAUUUGUCAAUGCAAGGAAAAAAUGUGACCGUUUUUACAGUAUUUGAUAAAAUGUCGUCAUUGUUAAGAAAAUUGGAAUUUUGGGCCUCAUCUGUAGAAGAAGAAAACUUUGAUUGUUUUCCUACACUCAGUGAUUUUUUGACUGAAAUUAAUUCUACAGUUGAUAAAGAUAUUUGCAGUGCCAUUGUGCAGCACCUAAGGGGUUUGCGCUCUACUCUGUUAAAAUACUUUCCUGUAACAAAUGACAAUAAUGCUUGGGUUAGAAAUCCAUUUACAGUUACUGUUAAACCAGCUUCAUUAGUAGCACGGGACUAUGAGAGCCUGAUUGAUUUAACAUCUGAUUCUCAAGUGAAGCAAAAUUUUAGUGAACUUUCACUAAAUGAUUUUUGGAGUAGCCUAAUUCAGGAAUACCCAAGCAUUGCAAGGCGUGCAGUGCGUGUACUUCUUCCUUUUGCUACAAUGCACCUGUGUGAAACGGGGUUUUCAUAUUACGCUGCAACAAAAACAAAAUAUAGGAAAAGACUUGAUGCUGCACCUCAUAUGCGAAUCCGACUUAGCAACAUUACACCUAAUAUUAAGCGGAUAUGUGAUAAAAAGACACAAAAACACUGUUCUCAUUAAAAUUGGAGGAGUUUGCAUGUCUCAUGAUAACCAAAUGUAAGAUGAAAAUAAAAGAUGAUUUACUUCAUCUCUGGUAUUUGGGGGUUUUAAAUAAAA